UCCAAAUCCACCUUCCCUUCUUCUUCCUCGUCCAACAACGUUGUUAUUUUUCUCGUAGUUGACGCAUACAUCAGCUCCACCCACCACAAUUUCCUCUGUUUUCUGGUUACAUAUAAUGAAACCAACAGCCAAGAUAAACGGCGUCGUAAAAGAUGACCACCACCACCACCACAAGGCAAUCAACGGCCCCACCAAUCCAAUGGUUACACCACUCCUUACAGAUCUCUACCAGUUCACCAUGGCUUAUGCUUAUUGGAAAGCCGGCAAACAUAAUGAUCGUGCCGUGUUUGAUUUGUAUUUUCGGAGGAACCCAUUCGGGGGCGAAUAUACUGUUUUUGCAGGUCUGGAAGAGUGCAUAAGGUUCAUUGCUAAUUUUAGAUUAUCCCAGGACGAAAUUGAUUUUGUUCGAGAAUGUUUGUCUCCCACAUGUGAGGAUGGUUUCUUUGAAUAUCUUGGAGGAAUUAACUGUUCUGAUGUUGAAGUGUAUGCUAUUGCUGAGGGAUCUGUUGUGUUUCCCAAAGUACCCUUGAUGAGGAUUGAAGGCCCUGUUGCUGUGGUUCAACUAUUGGAAACUCCUUUUGUGAAUCUUAUAAAUUUUGCUUCUUUAGUCACUACAAACGCUGCAAGACACCGUUUUGUUGCUGGGAAGAAUAAACUUCUUCUUGAGUUUGGGCUUCGGCGGGCACAGGGCCCAGAUGGUGGUGUUGGGGCAUCGAGGUAUUGCUACAUGGGAGGAUUUGAUGCGACAAGCAAUUGUGCAGCUGGGAAGUUAUUUGGAAUUCCGCUUCGUGGGACCCAUUCUCAUGCUUUUGUCAGCUCGUUCACGGGACCUGAUGAGAUUACGGAGAGGUCUCUCAAAAGUCAAGAUGGGUCAAGAGUAUGCAAGGAUUUUGUUGAUCUCACACAAGUGUGGUUAGAGAAACUCAAGAGAUUAAGUUCAUCAGCGGGUGUAUUCGGUGAGACUAAUCAAAGUGAGCUGGCAGCUUUUGUAUCGUACGCGUUAGCAUUUCCGGACAACUUUCUAGCCCUUGUGGAUACAUAUGAUGUGAUGAGGAGUGGCAUUCCUAAUUUUUGUGCCGUUGCUCUAGCACUAAAUGAUAUGGGGUAUAAAGCAAAAGGCAUUAGAUUAGACUCUGGUGACCUUGCGUAUCUGUCGUGUGAAGCAAGGAAGUUUUUUCAUACCAUUGAAAAGGAGUUUCACAUUACUGGUUUUGGAAAGAUCAACGUUACUGCGAGUAAUGACCUUAAUGAGGAAACUUUAGAUGCUUUAAACAAACAGGGCCAUGAGGUUGAUUCUUUUGGGAUUGGAACCAAUUUGGUUACAUGUUUUGCUCAACCUGCUCUAGGUUGCGUGUUCAAGCUUGUUGAGAUAAAUAAUCAGCCACGUAUAAAGCUGUCGGAAGACAUCUCAAAGGUCUCGAUUCCAUGUAAAAAACGGUCUUUUAGAUUGUAUGGAAAGGAAGGCUAUGCCCUUGUUGACAUAAUGUCAGGUGAAAACGAACCACCUCCGAAGGAAGGCCAAAGGAUUUUAUGUCGACACCCGUUUAAUGAAUCAAAGAGAGCUUAUGUGGUGCCACAACAUGUUGAGGAUCUGAUGAAGUGUUAUUGGCCUGGCAGUGCAGACAAAGCAAGAGAAGAGCUGCCAACGCUUGAGCAGAUCAGAAACCAUUGUAUGAAACAACUGGAUCAGAUGCGAACCGAUCACAUGAGAAUAUUAAAUCCAACACCUUACAAGGUUAGUGUAAGUGCAAAGCUAUAUGAGUUCAUUCAUUUUCUAUGGCUCAACGAAGCACCCGUAGGGGAGCUGCAGUAAGGAUGCAUAUGUUACGCAGAUAAACCUGACAUCAUGGUCGUUUGAAUAUUUUUAUUGUUUAUCUGAAUACCACAAUAAACAUUUCCAUUCAUACAAUGCAUAAUUGACCUUGUUUUUUAUAUUA